ACUUUCUCUCUCUAUUUAUUUUUUCUGGAUUCAGCAGCAGCAGAAUUGGAGUUGCUACUUGCAACAACGCGCACAGUUGAAUUGAACUUGGUUUCUCUCUAGUUCUAGGGCUGUGAAUACUGAAUCGAAGAAAUGCCUUUUCUAUCGGAUAUGUCAAGCGCUGUUAAAAGUCGAUUUAGAUUCCACGAUCAAUCUUCUGACUCAAUGCCACCAGUCCCAAGUACGCCGCUUCUCUUCAAGUCAGCGUCCAAGGAGAGUUUGUCUGAAAUCUCUGCUAUCCGCAACACCGCACAUAGGGAUAAUCACUCUGUCGCACCGCCAAACCAAAAAUUUGAAUUGUCCGAAGAUCCCUCGUUCUGGAAAGACCACAACAUUCAGGUGAUAAUAAGAACACGUCCAUUAAGUAGUUCAGAGAUAUCACAACAAGGACACAGUAAAUGUGUUAGACAAGACAGCUGCCAGACAUUAACUUGGACUGGUCAUCCUGAGUCACGGUUCACAUUCGAUCUUGUAGCAGAUGAACACGUUAGCCAGGAGAUGCUGUUUAAAGUGGCUGGGGUCCCAAUGGUGGAAAACUGUAUAGGAGGAUAUAACAGCUGCAUGUUUGCUUAUGGCCAAACUGGGAGCGGAAAGACUCAUACAAUGCUCGGUGACAUUGAGAAUGGAAUUCGCAGGCAUAAUGUCAAUUGUGGGAUAACACCAAGAGUGUUUGAGUACUUAUUCACAAGAAUACAAAAGGAAAAGGAAGUCCGACAAGAAGAAAAUUUGAAAUACACUUGCAAGUGUUCUUUUCUAGAGAUCUACAAUGAACAAAUUCUUGAUCUUUUAGAGCCAAAUGCUAAUAAUUUGCAGAUAAGAGAAGACAUCAAGAAGGGGGUUUAUGUAGAUAGUCUAACUGAAGUGGCAGUUACAAGUGCUAAUGAUGUAAUGCAGCAACUUUUACAGGGGUCUGCAAACAGAAAGGUUGCUGCAACCAAUAUGAAUCGUGCAAGUAGCCGUUCUCACAGUGUAUUUACUUGCAACAUUGAGAGUCAAUGGGAGUCCCAAGGUGUAAUUCAUCAUCGUUUUGCUCGGCUCAAUCUUGUUGACUUAGCUGGUUCUGAAAGGCAAAAGUCCUCUGGGGCUGAAGGCGAACGUCUAAAGGAAGCUACAAAUAUAAACAAGUCACUUUCUACAUUAGGACUUGUGAUUAUGAACCUUGUGAGUGUAUCUAACGGGAAGUCACAACACAUCCCUUACCGUGAUUCCAAACUUACCUUUUUGCUACAGGAUUCCUUAGGGGGGAACUCCAAAACAACUAUAAUUGCAAAUAUUAGUCCAUCUGUUUGCUGCUCACUGGAGACACUGAGCACGUUAAAGUUUGCACAACGAGCUAAAUUCAUGAAGAACCAUGCCAUUGUCAAUGAAGAUGCAUCAGGUGACGUGCUUGCUAUGCGGACACAGAUUCAACAACUCAAGAAAGAAGUCUCUCGCCUAAGAGGCCUUACAAAUGGAGCAGCAGAGAAGGAUGAUAAUGAAACAUUGGCAGUAUCCUUUCCAGGAUCUCCUGGAGCCUUCAACUGGGAAGGGCUUAACAGUUCAUCUAGUCCACUUGUGGCUGACAAAAGAUUGUCCCAGAGAAAAGAAUAUGAAGUUGCCCUGGUUGGCGCUUUCAGAAGAGAAAAAGAUAAGGGAAUUGCCUUACAGUCAAUGGCUGCAGAAAAUGAGGCAUCUAAGCAAUUGGCAAAACGUAGGGAAGAUGAGAUACAAGGUCUUAAAAUGAGACUGGGGUUCCGCCAAGCUGAGAUAAAGAGACUGGAGGCAGUUGCCUCUGGGAAGAUUUCAGCUGAGACACAUCUUUUGAAAGAAAAGGAGGAACACCUUAAAGAAAUAGAAGUCCUUCGUUCUCAGGUUGACCGAAACCAAGAAGUGACUAGAUUUGCCAUGGAAAAUUUGAGGCUAAAAGAAGAAAUCAGAAGAUUGAAGUCCUUUUAUGAAGAAGGUGAGCGAGAGAGGAUGAACGAACAGAUUGUGAUAUUGCAGAAUAAGCUGCUUGAAGCACUUGACUGGAAGCUUAUGCACGAAUCAGACCCCUUAAUUCUUAAGAAAGGAUGUUCAGAAAUUGCUUCCAUUCACGGCAAGGGUAACUUACUCUCUGGUCUGGAGCAAGAAUCAUCUUGGCAAACUUCAAUAAACGAGGAAAAUGAGUUCCUUAGGGUGCAGGCUAUUCAGAAUCAAUCAGAAAUGGACGCAUUAAGGAAGAGAUUGAAUUUCUGCACCGAAGAGAAAGAUAAACUUCAAAGAAACGUCAAAGAGAUAAUGGAAGAGCUGGAAGGGCUUAGAUCAGCUAAAUCACAGAAAGAAAAUGCAGAAUUCAUAACAUCCUCCACUACAGCAAAUUCAGAAGAACCUCAGAUAGAGCUUCAAACAAUGGUGAGUGCAAUUGCUGCAGCUAGCCAAAGGGAGGCAGAAGCCCAUGAAACUGCUAUUGUCCUUUCUAAAGAAAACGAAGAGUUGCGAAUGAAGCUAAAAGUGUUAUUAGAGGACAACAACAAGUUGAUUGAUUUAUACGAACGCGCAGCUUCAGAAAGCAGUUACAGAAAUAAUAAGAACGAUAACAACCUAAUCAACCAUAAUGUUGAAAUUAUUGGCUUGGAGAAGCAGCAAGCUGAGAUGACAAAGCAAGUCGAAAAUCUAAAUCAACAACUGAUGGAAAUGCAUGAAGAGAAUGAUAAACUAAUGGGACUCUAUGAGAAAGCAAUGCAAGAUUGCGAUGAAUUCAAAAGACUCAUUCUAUCUUUAGAGGAGAACCAAAGAACACAUUGCCCUGAAUUUGAUCCGAUGGAGACUGAUUCUGCUUGUUUAGAUGUAGAAAAUGAGAUUAUUGAAGCAGAAGUGAUGGAACCGUUAAAUUUGGUAACUGUUCAAGUUUCGGAAGACAUGGAAUUCGUAAGGAUGAAGCUUGAUUCAGCAGAACAGAAGCUCAUAGAUUCUGCGAAAUCACUAACUCAGUUCGGUUCGUUAGAGAAAUACGUUAUCAAAGCCGAUAAUUUAUCGAAAGCAAUCAAACAGGCGGAAAACAAUGCUAGAAACAAAGGAGAGGAAUUUAUAAUCCAUAACCAUCUCUGCAACUCUAUGCAGGAAAAAGGAUCUCUCAUCCUGAAAAAGUUGACAGCACUAAAAUGCUCAACAUCGAGUUUCUCGUCGUCGAUUUACUAUUUCGAACAAAGAGAGGUUCAAGGAAUAAGCAGAGUAACCGCCGCCUCCUCUUUCGUAAACAGUAAGAGGGAAGAACUCGCCUUUCUUCAAGCUGGAAAGGAUGAAAUCGAAACUAGUUUGAAAAGGCAUCAGGAAGCCGAAAGCGAGAUCGUGAAUCAUCUAUUACCGAAUUUGAAAAUGAAGAUGGAGGAGGAGAAUCGAAGAAGGGAAGACGAAAAGGUUCUGUUUGAAAUAGACAAUCUGGAGAACCAAAGAAACUGGCAGUUUAGUGGUAAAGCUACAGAAUUGCUGAAAUCAGAGGAGGAGAAGACUAGACUCCAGAUGAAGAUGAAGCAAACGCGAGACAAGCUUGGAAAUCUGAGAAAGCAAACAGAGGAAUUAUCAAACAAUGUGAGAAAGGUGGAGAAUCAAAUGGCGGUUGUUGAAAGAGAGAUUGAAAAGGGAUCGAAAACAUUGAAGGAGAUGGAAGAGAAGCUGAAGACAAUUGUCCAUGAAAAAGAAAUGUUGUUGGAAAUGAAUGCGGAGGGAGCGAAACAAAGAGAAGAGAUGAUUGUUUCGUAUUUUGGGCAUUGUCUUGAAGCAGAGACGAAGGAAGUAGAGAGAAUGGUGUUGGAAGAAGAACUGAAAGAGGAAGAGGAGAAGAUAAAGGAGUUGCAAGCGGAGAAGAGAACAACAAUGGAGGAAAUGAGUAAACUUGUUGAAAUAAGAAGCUGCAAUUCGUGCUUGGAAGGUCUGUAUGAUGCCAGGGCAUCAGUUAUGGAGUUAAAAUCAUUCAUUUGCAGUAAAGAAUGAUUACAUUAUUAUGUUGUAACUUGUUCUUCAACUUCAGUUUCAUCUUCCUUUUCUUCACUCUCAGAAGAAUCAGAUUCAUCAUCAACUGUCAUUCUAACUGUUCUGAACAUGUGCAUUUAUUACAUCUAAAAUAUUUGUUGU